AUGUCUACACACAAUGAGCCAAAUACAGAUACUGAAUUCCUUUUUAUUCCAAUAAAAAAUUCAAAUGACCGCACAACGAAGCGUUUAGCCCGGUCGCAUGCUGUAGCGCAUGGUCUUCGGAGCAAAAGAAGGCUUCAGCAAAGUUCGGGCCAUAAUUUCCAUGUUAUACGCCCAGCAAACAAUAAGAGCCAUUCCGCGAGCACAGCAAAGAAAAAUGAAGCUCUUAUCGCACCACCAGCCUCCCUUGCUGUAGGCUUCUCCGAUCCAUUCCAAAUGAUGGCUGCAGAGUCCCCAAUACUACGGUUUCAACCACCCACGGAGCCGGUAUUCAGUGUUGCAGAUGAGCUUGUGCUUCUAAACUUCCGCUCCGUCCUUCGGAAAGAACUAGAUGAUAACGCCCUUCUGAGCGCCGUCAUGCUCACAUUUCUGUUUACCGUCACAGCAGGCAUGACCAGCAGGGAGUGUCUAGAAUACCAAAACAAGGCUCUGAGCUCUAUCCGUCAAAGAAUGAGUUCUCCGGAUAAGGCUGCUACGGAGUCUACAAUAGGAGCCAUUCUGCUACUUGCCGGUAUAGAGGCCCGGCUUCGAAUGCCACGUCAAGUCCAGCUUCAUAUGGGAGCAAUACAACACAUUCUUGACGUAUGCCAAAGAAAGCGCGUCUAUUUGAGCGACGAUAUCAAGCGUGCAAUUUUCUGGUCAGACUUGAAUGGUUCGGUAAUGACAGGCUCAAGCCGAAUUGUUGACCACACAACAUUUUCUGAGCUCCAAUGGAAGAGGGAUCCUUCCCAUCCGGACUUCUUUACUCUUCCACCUGGAUUCCAAAGUCGCUCUUAUUUACUAGACCAGGAUUUUGUUGAAAUUCUCAAGGACAUAUUUGCAUUGCAAUGUAUCCGAGAUACAGAAAUUCUCGAUAAAGAGGAGGCAAUGCCGAUGGCACAUAUCGAUAACCACCAAGCGUCCAUCCAGUCGAGGCUAGUGAGUUUGCCAGUUUGCUCACCUAUCUCGGAAUGUUGCCACCAAGCGGCAUAUCUAUGCUCGACUAUGCUGCGCUGCAAAAUAUGGCGGACUUCAACCAUCCCCUCUCACCUUUCGUUACAAUUGCUCUGCAAGAUACAAUCAGCAAUCAAUAGUCCAGUGUGGGAUGAUUCGCUGGAUUUGUUGGCUUGGCUCUUGCACAUCGGAGGUGCUUUUGCUCCCGCAGGGUCUAUACGACAGGGCUAUGUGCAGUUGUUGCAUUUGAACCACAGCAGAUUAAGGUGGCUUUAUACAUCAUGGGCAGAGCUGCUUCUCAUUCUUAAGCAGUUCAUAUGGUCUGACGAAGCAUUUUUGUCCCAGGUUCAAGCCUUUUGGGAAGAAAAUUCACUCUAG